AUGGAGAUUGAAGAGCUCCGCGAGGCCCAAAAGCCGGAUAGACCACCACAAAGGAGGGAUGAGAAAAAAGCUUUCCGAUCACCAGGCAACAGGGAUACAAAGAAGCCCUUCAAGCUCACACCAAAAUACAACACGUAUACCAGGUUCAAUACCAAGAGAGAGAACAUAAUAAAGGAGAUUUUGAAUGCCAAAAUCGUGAAGCCGCCAGCUCGAGCAAGAAACUACCAAGACCAAAGGUUCGUAGAUAGGAGCAAGCAUUGCGCCUUCCAUCAGAAGUUCGGCCGCACCACGGAUGACUACAUUGUCGCGAAAGACCUUCUUGAAAGACUGGCGCGACAAGGACUCCUCAACAAAUACGUCGAAAGCCGGAAAUCCAGAAGAGCAAGCUCAGACAGGGAAGAGAACAAACAAACAGUGACAGACAAGAACAAAAAAGAACAAACAACCCCUGACCCGCCAAGAGGCAUCAUCAGCCACAUAUCAAGAGGAUAUGCAGGCGGAGGUGAAACAAGCUCAGCCAGAAAACGAAGUUAUAGGGCAAUGCUGGCAAUCGAGGGAGCUCUGCAACCAAAAAAGAAGGAAGACCCAGAUGUCACAAUAUUCUUCAAUCAAUCAGACUUCAGAUCGGCAAGUCCUAACCUUGACGACCCAGUGGUGAUUUCCAUCCAGGUCGGAGAGCUGUUGGUAAGAAAAACACUACUAGACCCAGGUAGUAGCGCUGAUGUUUUAUUUUAUUCUAUAUUUAAAAAGAUUCAAUUAUCAGAAAAAAUGAUACAGCCCUCCUCGGGAGAACUAAUUGGCUUCUCCGGAGAAAGAGUCCCCAUCAUGGGACACAUAUGGCUGAGAACCACAAUAAGAGAGAUCCCUAUGUCAAAGUCCAUUGAUAUUCAAUACCUAAUAGUAGACUGUUAUAGCCCUUACAAUAUUAUAAUCGGGAGACCCGCCUUGAAUAUAUUCAAAGCGGUGGUAUCCACAUUACACAUGUGUGUUAAGUUUCUAGUGCAGGAAAAUAAGAUAGCUACAGUGUACGCCGACCAUCAAGAAGCUCGGCAGUGCUAUAAUGCUUGUCUGAAGCAAACCCAUCCGAGGGAGAUAACUCGGCCCCAGGUCUAA